UCAGCUUAACAUCCAACAACAACAACUCAAACCCUGAAUCUCUACAACCCAUUCAACUGUACAAAGAACAUUAAACACCAUGGCAUCAAUUGCUCCUCUUCAAGCCAUCUUUACACACAGGCCAUCACCAUCAGCAUUUGCAGCUAGUCCCCUUCAUGCACCGUCAUCAGUAGCUGGUUCAACAGUCAUUCCAUGGAAGAACAAGAAUGAGAUAAUUAAAAAGAGAAGAUCUUCAACAGUGGUUGCGGCUGUUGGAGAUGUAUCCGCUAAUGGCACCACCUACCUUAUUGCCGGCGCUGCUGCUGUGGCCCUCCUUGGAACUGCCUUCCCUCUCCUAUUUUCUCGCAAGGACUUGUGUCCAGAAUGCGAUGGAGCGGGUUUUGUUAGGAAGUCAGGGGUGACCUUGAGGGCAAAUGCAGCACGAAAGGACCAAGCUCAAAUCGUGUGUGCUCGCUGCAAUGGUCUUGGCAAGCUCAACCAAGUUGACAAAUAGAUGUCCGAUGUAACUUCCUUUUUGCUUUGCAAUAAUUAUAUUGUGAUCAUACUUCGUCUUCAAUUAUUCUGAAGCUAUGAGAUUAUGAGGUCCCUUUUAACACGGUUAGAUCUCCAACAUAUUACAUGUAUGCCAAGUGUAAUUUACACCAUAUAUAUUUGCCAGUAUCUAAAGCAUGCUAGUCUUUGAUUAUUA